AUGGGUAAAGGCAGGAAUAAGGAUUAUGAUAAAAACCAUUCGCAAAAGGGCUCUAAUGGUCAUAGUUCGCGAACCAACCAUAGGAGGAUAGAAACAAAGUAUAAUGCUAUACAAGGGUCAAAGUUCCCAGUAACUUUAGCGAUGUGGGACUUCGACCAUUGUGACCCCAAACGAUGUAGCGGCAAGAAACUAGAAAGAUUAGGAUUGAUAAAAUCAUUGCGUGUAAAACAGAAAUUUCAAGGAAUUGUUGUAUCACCAAAUGGUAAGACAGUAGUUUGUCCAAAUGACCGCGAAAUUGCUGAAAAAUAUGGUGUAUCUGUUGUAGAGUGCUCAUGGGCCCGUUUGGAAGAAAUACCAUUCGAAAAGAUUGGUGGUAGACAUGAAAGAUUAUUACCCUAUCUUGUUGCUGCUAACCAAGUAAAUUACGGCAGACCAUGGAGAUUAAACUGUGUGGAAGCUUUGGCUGCAUGCUUUGCUAUUGUCGGUAGGAUGGAUCUAGCCGAAACACUUCUCUCCCACUUUUCAUGGGGAUUAGGGUUUUUAGAAUUAAACAAAGAGAUACUAGAAAUUUAUCAAAAAUGUACUGAUCACGACUCAAUUAAGGCUGCUGAAGAAGCAUGGCUAAAACAGAUUGAAACCGAAGCUAUGGAAAGAAGAAAACAAACAAAAGAGAAUGACAUAUGGAUGAUGGGAAAUGUUAAUCGAAAAAAUGCUUCUAAAGAGCUACAUCCAUAUUCAGAUAUUGAUGACAUAGACGAGGAUGAGACUUCAGAUUUCAAAUCUGACUUGUCGGAUUCAAACAAUGACCUGUGCGUUGCAAAUAUUUCUAAAGAGGAUAAUAAUAAGGAGUAUGGCUUGGUUUAUAGAUCUCCAAGUGAAAUCAGUUCAGAUAGGGACUGCAUCAAAGAUAACACAUCUUUUGAGGUCGAUUUCUUAGGAACUAAAAGUCAAAACAGCGAUAAAUGCAAGGAUAAAAUUCUCUUAAAUUCAUUGAACUAUGUCGAUAAUAAGAUUAGAAAUUUAUCUCUAGAUUUAGAAGAGAAUAUCUAG